AUGGCAGGAUCCUUCGAGAGUCUACGUGCUGCCGGCGCCAACCAACAGCUGCAAAGUGGUCCAUUGAAGCGCCGACUGAGGUUGUUCAUUGCUGUUCUUCCUUGCUUCACGCUCACUGACAUCAUCCAUCUGUCCUUCGACUUUCCCACAUACACGACAGAAUUAGGGGAAAUGCACCAAGCGAUCCGUACCGCGCGCAGCAACGGCGUCGUCAUCUUCGCCGCCGCUGGCAACCAAGGCGGCAACCAAGGCGGCAACCAAGGCGUGUGUUGGCCCGUAGACCUGUACAAAAGCGGCGACGUUAUCUGCAUCAGUUCCUCUAACGACUAUGGCGGCCAAUCUAGCUUCAACCCUGAAGUUCAUCAUGACUGGCGGAUUUGCACAUUGGGUGAAAGUGUCCGUCUUGCCAGCCGGAUUCAUAUAGUUCGCUACAAGUCGUCUAUCGGAGCGGAUCUUCGUUUACAACAGCUAUUGAGUCGGCGAUCGGGGCGAUUGUGCUUGCUGUGA